GGCUGAACAGGGCACGUCCGUCCAUUCCUACUAUGUAAAUCCGCUGGCGAUAGCGGAGCCCCACUCAGCUGCGGGCGAAGAACCCUGAGCACAACAGCUCUGAACCCCUCUAACGAACGAGAUAUCUCCUCGCUCUACAAAGAAACCCAUAAACCGCCGCAAACUCUCAUAUAUAAUUAAACCCGCGUCUCCGAGUUUCGAUAUCCCUCUUCCCUCCGAUCGCCCCAAUGGCAUCCGCCCACAGCCACGACGGCACCACCCAUUCGCACUCCCAUGCCGCCGCCGACCAUGGCCACACCCACGAGAUCCUGGACGGGCCGGGAUCGUAUCUGGGCCGGGAGAUGCCUCUGAUCGAGGGGCGGAACUGGGAUGAUCGGGCGUACACGAUUGGGAUAGGCGGACCUGUCGGCUCCGGCAAAACCGCCCUCAUGCUCGCCCUCUGCCAAUCCCUCCGCGCUACGCACUCCCUCGCCGCCGUCACCAACGACAUUUUCACCCGCGAAGACUGCGAGUUCCUCCUCCGCCACUCCGCCCUCCCGUCCUCCCGCCUCCGCGCCAUCGAAACCGGCGGCUGCCCACACGCCGCCGUGCGCGAGGACAUCUCCACCAACCUCGCCGCUCUGGAGGACCUACACCGCGACCAUGACCCGGACCUGCUGCUUAUCGAGAGCGGCGGGGAUAACCUGGCGGCGAACUACAGUCGCGAGCUGGCGGACUUCAUCAUCUAUGUGAUCGACGUGGCUGGGGGGGAUAAGGUGCCGCGGAAAGGGGGGCCGGGGAUCACGGGGAGUGAUCUGCUGGUGGUGAAUAAGACGGAUUUGGCGGAGCUGAUCGGGGCGGAUUUGGGCGUGAUGGAGCGGGAUGCGCGGCGGAUGAGGGAGGGGGGGCCGACGAUCUUUGCGCAGGUGAAGAAUGGGAAGAAUGUGGAUGCCAUUGUGGAGUUAAUUUUGAGCGGGUGGAGGGCGAGUGGGGCGACGCAGGCGGCGAGGUGGGCGCAGAGGAAUAAGAAGUAGGGGGUGGUGAGGAGACAUGGUUUGGCAUAGUAUGGUCAUCGUAUUAUACGCUGCCGAAGGCAUUGCAGAUAGAUUGUUACAAGAGGUGUUACAUGGGGACAGGCGUUAGAUGCCCAUCCUUAUCAUACUUCGCUUCUGUUCAUCGUUAGCAUCGCUCCAAUCCCAUCGGCCCAUCCAACUCACUAAAAAACGUAUAACUCAACGUCACCUCCCCAACAUUCCGACAAUUCCGAUCCUCCAUGAUCCCUUUAUCGAUGUAGAAAAACACCGGCAUAUCCAC